UGACAUUUAUUUACACUUUGGUUGUGGCGUGUGCAUGUGAAUUUUGAAGGUUAUAUUAUUUUAAAAAUGGGAAAAGUAAGAAAAACGAAACCUUCUAGAGUUAGGCGAAGUGAACCUGUAGAUAAUACAAGUGAUGAAGAAGAACAGUUACCCGUUGACAGCAAAGAAAAUGCUUUGCAAACUAUAUUAGACCAGUUGCAGGCAGCUGAUGUAGAGGAAAAGUAUUGUGGGCUACAAACCUUAGCUCUUAUGAUAGAAAAUCCCGAGAAUGUACCACAGGUAAUGGCUCGAGGGCUGGUGAAGGCAGCAGCUCCUUUGUUGCUGGACCAAGCAAGUUCUGUGAGGAAUGCAACCGCAGGCACUCUCAGAAACCUGUCUACAGUGGCCAUGGAUGUGUGUGAUGCUAUGAUGGAACAAGAUAUUAUGACUCCUGUGACUUGCUUUUUCCAUGAGCAUGCUGAAAGCUGGGUGCCAGAUCCUGGUUCUAAAACAAAAGAUGAAGAUAUUGACACCUUUAUUCAAUGUGUCAAUUUACUUUUAAACCUCUGUGAGAGUUCAGAUUUAGCUAUCAAAUAUUUAGGCCAGUCAAGAAUAUUAGACAUACUACCUCGUUACUUAGACCUUGGAACUUUCAACAGUGACAUAGCAAUAGCUGUCCUACAGUGUUUGUUUGUAGUCGUAGAAGAUAAUCCUACAGCAAUGUCUAAAAUAAAAACAAAUGCCGAGAGGCAGUUAGAAACUCUUUUAAGAUUAGAAGGAAAUGAUCCAACUGUACUGCUAUUAAAAACACUGUCUGCAGGAGUUAUAAUAAAUACUUGCGGUAAUAAAACAACAUUACCUCCAGGUGUUAUUAGUGAGAUUGUGUCUAUAUUAGGGACAACAUUGUCUGUUGAUCACCGCCUCAUUUGUAGUCAGUUGUCCAGUAGUGUGCCAUUGAGUGAUGAUAGUGGCAAAGUGGAGCCUCCCAAGGGCAAAGCAGCACAGCAGUUGGAGAGCCAAUUGAAAUCUGUGUUAGAAAUAUUGACAGCACAACAGAGUGCCAUUGAAAUAAUUGCAAACAUUUGUUCGUGUGAAGAUAAUGAUGAGCCACUAGGAAAUGAUUCAUCAGAAAGUGAUGAUGGGGAAGAAGAUAUUUGUGAAAAUGGUGAUGAGAGUGUUCUUGCUGAAGACAAGCUUCCUCCUGAAGUGAUGGAGGCUUUAAUAUCUUUGGAGGUAUUUGAAAAAGUUUGGGCGAGGACCCAAUUGCCAGCACAAAAUGUUUUAUUAAUAUUGAAAGAAUAUGAAGGAUCUCAAUUGAUUUACAAAAGACUUCUUACACUACAAACGCGCGCUCUACUGUGUAUUAACAAUUUACUAUCAACCAUCCCUAUUGAGAACAUUGGUGGUGUGAAUGGUGUGUACAAGAUUUGGGUUGACGUUGGCAAACUAGUUUUCAAACAAGAUACAGACAAUGUUAACCUUUCCGAGUCGGCGACUGCAGUUAUGAGAGCCGCUUUGGACAAGAUUAAGUUUAGAGAAAAUGGAAAUACAAGCGACAGUAGUGUAUUUAGUGACCUGGCUUUGUCUGAUAUUGAGAUAAUGCUCAAUGGUAUUAAAGUAUGUCAAGUCCCUGAAAUAAGAGCCAACCUAAUUAGAAUGAUUGGAAUCUUGGCUUUAUUGUUAGUUAACAACUUAAAUGAUGUGACUUCAAAUGUCAUUGUUGUAAUCACUGAAUUUAUACUCGAACAAGCUCACAAAGAGAAUGAGGUGUGGGUGUUGGCUGAAGCAGUUGACACUUUAGUGGAUUUAUACUCUGAAGAUGAAACUGACAUUUUGGCGGCUAAAGUAAAUCUGGUUGAGAAGUUGACUUCAUUGGCGCCAAUAUUCAAGAAUAAGAUAAGACAGCAGAAAAGGCUCCCAAAAGAAUACAAGGUCCUCGUCAGCACAGCUUCGUCAAAUUUACCGAGAUUCAUAAAGUACAAGAAGGACAGAUUAAGUAGGUUGUAAGUGUAAGACAAGUUAUAACAAAUGUUAAUGUUGUACCUAUAUUUUGAAUGUACGUUGAUAUCUUUAUUGAUACAUAUAUUUUAUUACCCCAAA